CACACACACACACACACACACACAAUAAAAACACAACGUAAAAAGGUUUUGCUUGCACUCUUCAUUCAGUCAAAGAUCAAAAAGGUCUGUAAAAGUCCAUAAAGCAGCCGAAGACGUUUUCUUAAUGGGGGUGAAGAAGGCAGCUGGGAUUACAUGGCGUCCAUAAAUGCAGAUGUUGGUGUUUUUAUUUCAGGCUAAAAUGGAGAAUCUGGUUCUGCCCUGAGAGCUAAAGGUCGUAAAAAUGUGACAUUAAUUGAUUUUUACAUUUUUACGAUAGUGACUUUUUCUCUGUACAUUUUCCACUCAUUUUUAACAAUUUGUAAUUGUUCACCCUGUUGAGGAGAUCUUCAAAAUCAUGUUGUAGAAAAAGUAUAUAUUUUUUAAAAUAUAUAAAAGAAAUUUCAAAUGAGGAUCACUGAUCAACUGUUUAUGUGAAUGAUCGAUUGCAAAAUAGAAAAAUAACCUAAAGGCAACGUACCCGUAGGACGGGGAGAGGAUAAUCUGCAUCUUGUCCAUGUGACUUUGAUCCUCUUAGGCUGAGCGGCCAUCCCGUCCGUCAUCCCGUCAUCCCGUCAUCCCGCCUCAGGCUGCAGUGGACGGAGAUGGCGAGCGGCGGGCAGAAAGUGGUGCUGAUCACCGGCUGCUCAUCGGGCAUCGGCCUGAGGAUGGCCGUCACGCUGGCCAAGGACCAACACCAGCGCUACCACGUCAUCGCUACAAUGCGAGACCUGAAGCGCAAGGACAAGCUGGUGGAAGCUGCCGGCGACGCGUACGGGAAAACGCUCUCUCUGGCCGUGCUGGACGUGUGCAGCGACGACUCGGUCAAACAAUGCAUCAACGGCAUCAAGGAUCGCCACGUUGAUAUCCUAAUCAACAACGCGGGCAUCGGCCUGGUGGGGCCCCUGGAGAGCAUUCCUAUCGAGGAGAUGAAGAAGGUGUUUGAAACCAACUUCUUCGGUGUGAUCCGAAUGAUCAAGGAGGUGAUGCCUGACAUGAAGCGACGCAAAGGGGGGCACAUCAUUGUGGUCAGCAGCGUCAUGGGACUUCAAGGGGUGGUCUUCAACGACGUCUACGCGGCUUCUAAGUUUGCCAUGGAGGGCUUCUGCGAGAGUCUGGCCGUGCAGCUGCUCAAGUUCAACGUCACGUUGUCGAUGAUUGAGCCCGGCCCGGUUCACACGGAAUUCGAGGCCAAGAUGAUUCAGGACGUGCGGCAGAAGGAGUACCCGGGAACCGACCCGGACACGGUGCACUACUUCAAGAACGUUUACCUGCCGUCUUCCGUGGACAUCUUUGAAACGCUCGGACAAACGCCGGAUGACAUAGCGAGAUGCACCAAGAAGGUGAUCGAAGCCAGCAGGCCGCGAUUCCGCAACCUGACCAACCCCUUGUACACGCCCAUCGUGGCCCUCAAGUACGCCGACGAGACGGGCGGCCUGUCGGUCCAUGCCUUCUACCACAUGCUCUUCAACCUGGGCUCGCUCAUGCAUGUCAGCAUGACGGCUAUGAAGUACCUCACUUGCGGCUGUUUGAGGAGCCGCACCGUGUCGCCAAACUAAGGAAACCCAACAACUGCUGGGACAAUUUCACACCAAAUUUCGGAAACUGGAACCGUUAGACCCAAGAUCACGCAAUAUUACCAGCAACCAAUCAACUUCCAAGACUGCGUGAAUGUGUAUGAUUUUGGAUACACAUGGACUUUUUAAUUCAUGUAAAAAGCUGUAAAAAAAUAAAUAAAACAUUUUUAAGAAACAAACUACGAACUGUAUAAGUAGUGAAGAUUUUAAGGAUAAUUAUUGUUGCAGUCGUGGCACAUCAUAAAAAUAAAUUCUACUUGGAAAGAAAGCAUCAAA